AUGUCGACUCACGCAUCGGACUCGGGCGUCGCCGGAGACUUCUACCAUCCCAAUCAGAAGCUGCGCGUGUCUAUCACGAUCGCGCUGGUGUUUGCUUUUCUUUUGUCGACUGUCGCCGUGGCUCUCCGCAUUCUGGCGCGGAAGAUCAAUGGCAGCAAGUUGUUUUUGGAUGAUUAUCUGAUUAUCAUUGCUUUGCUUUUCAAAUAUGGAUGUUCGAUCGGAGUUACGAUGCUCCUCUGGAAUGGACUGGGCUCGCACAUCACCAUGAUCCCCAAGAAGAACCUCACAGUAUUCUUUAAGAUCGGAUGGUCCAACCCCUUCGUCUACACCAGCUGCGUGGCCUUCAUCAAGCUGUCCAUCCUAGCCUUGUACAAGCGGCUCUUCUCCGUACGCCACAUCGUCUGGGCCGUAAACUUCCUCGCGGGAUUUGUCAUUCUGUGGGCCGUCAGCAUCAUCGUCGCCAACUCUCUGAUGUGCAUCCCCGUCAACAAGUUCUGGGACCAGGAGAUCGAGGGCGCAUGCAUUGACACGGCCAAGUUCUACUAUGGCCAGCAGAUCCCCAAUAUCUUGUCUGACAUCUGCAUCCUGAUUCUGCCGCUGAAGGUGGUCUGGGAUCUGCCGAUUGCCAAAACCCAGAAGGGUCUUCUGUCGGGUGUCUUUCUUGUUGGUGGACUAACCCUGAUCUUCGAUAUCGUCCGCCUGGUCGAGAUGAUCAAACUCACCAAAGCCGGUCCGGACAUCACCUACAACCAAGUCCCGACGGUCAUGUGGACCUGUACCGAGGCCGCUGUGGGUAUCGUCGCCGCCUGUCUGCCCAACCUCAGGCCGCUGUUCCGCGUCGGCGGCCGCGGCUUCUGGUCUCAGCUGCGAUCCUCGAGCAACCGGUCCGGCAAGUCCCACCUCAACACUACUACCAACACCGAUACCAGCACGUGCGUGAGCCAUACAACUUCCAACAAGCGUGUUGAAUCGCCCUCCGUCACGGAGGAGACUGUCGAGACCCACCGAUACAGUGACUACAUGCAGGGAGUCAAAGCUUAA